AAGAAAGAGAGAGGUCUUUCAGGCAUUAAAUUCAAAAAUCACUGAAAGUUUACGUCCAUAAUUAACUUUAUUAAAAAUGAUUAUUCAGAGCUAGUUUGGUGUAGCGGUUAAGGCACCAGGCUAGAAAUUGAGGGACUAUAAUUUGUAGUUUCGUCUCAGGGGCAAAGCCAGCUGAGUGAUCUUGGGCCAGUCACUUUCUCUUAGCCCAAGAGUGGUUUGAUAUUGCUACUUCCAAAAAUGUUGCCCUGUUGGCCAAACCAUAGAUUGGCCCAACUAAAUGAGAAUUUGUUUUUUCCCUGGUGUGAAGUAGCUAAUUAUCACACAAGGCCUGACUUCGUUUAUUGUGUACAGGGCAAAAAGGUGUGCUCUUGGACUAUACCACAAAUCAAAAACCCUCAAUAUCCAAAUUAGCACAGUUUUUAUACACUUUUGGAAAACAAGGGCACAUGAUCAAGCAAUAGGCAACAAGUGACAAAAAGUAUUCAUUCCCCUGGUAGAGAGUGACUUUCCCAUAGACUGGGUUCAUUGCUAAAAUUUUGCAGCUCUGUCCCUCCUGUCCCUAACUGAUAAGGUGAGUAAUUAAAUGUGCAAAACGUUUUAGCUAAUUUAUCUACAACAGGAAAGGGGAAGUUAACCCUGAAUAAGCUGUUGGCCUGCUUCCAGCUCUUUGAUAAGGAUAUCACUAGCUUUCCAGAAAUUUUAGGAUAGGAAGCCCAAGAAUGAGAGGCCCUCAAAAGUAAAACAUCUAGAGCAAAAUGAAGGUUUUUCAACAAAAUGGGGUUUCUCUGGCUAAAACUAGCUGUACCAAUUCUAUAUCCCUGCAGGAUCUAUAGCCCAGGCUCAAAGGCACAAAUCUGAGUCUGAUACUCUCAUGCCAUGUGCCUUCAGGGCAACAAUACAGAAAUGGUUUGCUGUUGCCCUUUUCCUAGUCUUUGGCCAUAAUAUUUCCUGGAGUUUUCUGACCAGAUCCAAUUGUGCUUAGUUUUAGAGUUCAGAGGUGUUGCCACUACUAGGUCAUCUCAAAAUGUGCUGGGUGAGGUAAUGUGAUGUCCUUGCCUAAUAUACAGCGUAUGCAGUGGUAGGAUUCAGCCAAUUCACACCACUUUGGCAGAACUGGUAGCUAAUUGUUUGUUGUCCAGGCCCAGAAUGGACUUCCGGAAGCGGCAUUCAUACAGAGAACCUAUUGUUCACAUAUUUGAAUCCCAUCACUGAGCGUAUAUGAAAAUUAUUAAAAAUUAUCCAUCCAUAUCACACUUCCUUCUUUUGAAUGACUUUCUGACUCUUCUGCCUUAAAACUAUCUUAGACUUUUAGCUAGGAAAAUGAUGAUAUGCCCCCAAGUACUGAACUGCUUUUCAGUUGAGGUCUUUUUUUGUUCCUCCUAAAAUGCAAGGCAUUUGGCAUUCCUCGUGGGUAAGAUUUGCUACAUCCUGAUGUUGCAGCUUCAUUUUCUGAGAGUUAUCUAUCACUAAAUAAAUCUAUUAUAUUUGGCUUUUCCUUGACUUCUAGUAUAAAAACUAAAUUCAGUUUUGCUUUGUAAAUAUGAAAAGUGAAAUUUAUUUUCUGUUCUCCAUAAAGCAAUGCGGCAAAAAUAUGCCUAAGGAUGAAGAUGGAUUUGAGCAAAUGCCUGGAUUUUUAUAAAAAUGUGCAAUCUACAAUUGUUUACUACUUCAUCUUGGCAGUGAUAGGUUCUUGCUGCCUUGAAACCAUUAUGGUGGAACAUAAUUGAUAUGUCCAAUAUUUUUUUUUGCUCUUCUGCAGUCAUUCUGCUUCUUUAUUUAAUUAAGCAACUAUCUCUGAAAGGAUGGCCUAAUGGGUCACACGUUGUCUAUGGCAAGAUCCUCCUUAUUAGAGCUUUCCACAUGAAUUAGAUUUCUACCAGAAUCUAUUUUUCAUAUUCCCUAUUCCCCAUUAUCUCAAAGCAGGUCAUUCUCUAGAAAGGCAUUAAAAAUUCAAGAUUGUGCUUAUUCCAAUGGAACAGAACAGAUUAAAUAAAAUCUGAUGUCCAGGAGAACAUUCAUUGAGCGAAGUAUUGCAUGGAACUUCGUUGUCAGGGUGUGCUUCACUUGGCUACUUCAGAAGUUGCUCCCUGUUUUCUUUGCAUGUGUGUGCACACAGUACGCAAAUACACUACCAAGGCUGGCAGGGAGCAGCUUUGACAGGUAAGCUUGAAAGAAAUAAGCUUUUAUAUUAAAAAUGGAAUGCUUUGGGCCUCCUGCUUGUUCCAAAGCACGUCUUUCUAAGGAUUUGCACAACCCUAAAAUGUAUCCAAAUAAAUGCAUAUCUAGAAAAUAAAAAUCAGCUAAAUACAAUUAAUUACUCACUUCACACAAUAGCUAUUGGAACAUCCUCUGUGACAACCAGUAAAAACAAUCUUCUUUUUACCUAACCUGCAUGUCCCUCUGUUGACCUUUAAUGGAUGACCCUGGGUUUUAAAAUUACUUGUCCUUUUUCUUAUUUUUAUUGAAGAAUCAUUGUAGCUGUUUCUCAUAUGAAUGUUAAGACAUGCAUACUUCUGGAAACUUGAACACAAAGUAUUUUGCUUAUAUUUUCUGUUCCAGCUUAAGCACAUCUGCUACCCUGGUCUGUUUGUGUGACCUGAACUUGUAACCUGAGAAGCUUCUGCUACUUACAAUGCCAUCAUCAUCCCACUUAUGAAGAAACCUGUCCUGGGGUUCAGAGAGUUGGCCAAUUAUUACUGAGCAACCUUUAACAACUCUUCAUCAGAAACCUCUACAUCCAUACAGUAUUUGUUAAUAGUUAAUCUGCUGUAGUAUAAAUCUGAUCUCGACAGCAAAGCAAGUAUUAAAAAGACCAGACUGGACAGAAGACUGAAAUAGGAAGAGAGAAAUUGUGGAACUGCCCUGACAAAAACCUGGCUUGCUAAGCUUCAAUCCCCAAAACUAUGUUGGUCCUUUCCUGUCCUUACAAACUGCGCUUGUUGGAGGGAAUGCUGAGGAAGAGUCUCCCUCAGACACUUGUGGUCCAUGGAGCAGUCAUGAACAUAAAUCGGGGGAAUCCAAUUGGUCACGAGGUGAUUGUGGAUUCCUGGCCAGAGUUCAAAGUUGUCCUCACCAGACCAGGCAAAGAGAUUGCCACAGAUCCCUCAGAUCAAUAUGCCAAUGCGUAUGCAGCAUUUUAUCAGGAUCUGGAUGCGUAUCGGAGGCUUGUAAAGGAUACAGAUGCUGUGAACUGGGCCCACACCUUCCAUCUCUUUGGGACUCAAGAAGGGAUCCCCGAAGCUACUCAGGAUGCAGCAGCUGCUAAACAAAAAGAGUUAUCUGUAGUUCCUCACUUCCUCUAUGAACUUUCUGAUCCAAAUAAAUUGCACACUGGUAGGCUUGAGCCCGGCUUCAGACUUUCCUCCUUGAAUAGUUCCAAUGUUGAUCUAGUGAAUGAAAACUGGGCCUAUGGGGGCAAUGAACAAAGCCGCAGGUAUCUGGCCAAAAUGAUACAGCAUUUCCCCAGUACUGGCAUUCUGAACCAGGAGGGUCACCUUGUCAGCUGGUCGAUGAUGAAUCUUUUUGGCACACAAACAAAUGGGUACACCCUCCCAUCAUUCCGUGGAAAGGGAUAUUUUACUAUAACAGCUAAGGCGCUUUCUAUGCAGGCCUAUAAUGCUGGUUAUCCUAUAUAUGGUUUUGUUGUAUUAGAUAAUAACAAUAUGCAGACUGUGAUGGAAAAGGGAGGAUAUCAGAAAUUAUCUGAGCUGAGCUACCUGUGCUUUCAUUACACCAGUUAGCAGAACAGAGUGAGGAGAGAGGCUAUUUUCCUUGGUUUAACCAGAUUUUUGUCACCUGCUCCCUGAACUCUGAGAGAUACUUACAUGCUAUUUGUAACUAUUGGACAUCUCCCAGAUCCCCGGGGAGGAUCAGGCUUAUGAAGAAUAUUUCUCUGAAAUUUCUUUGAUUGUCUUCAGCCAAUGUUGGUUUGGUGGCCAGGCCUAUUCUUUAAUGUCUCAUUCGUUGAUUUAAGAUAAUAUUUAGGAUUUGAAUUCUAUCUCAUUCCCAAGUUCUCUAUAGGCUUCCUAUAGCUGUUGGAGGCCCUUUGGGAAGGUAUCAACUGCUGGCCAGAUUCAGUUCUUUUCCUGUUUGUACUCCUGAGCAGGUAGUCAAUACCUUGGUGUGCUAUAUUGGUUAUAAUAUUCUGCACGAAGAGGCGCAAACUAAAAUAAAAUUCUUACAAAAAAAA